GUUUAACGAGUUUGAUUUGUGUAAAUAAAUAAAAUUUUUAGUAUGGAUGUUUAUCAUAAACCAGAAAUAUUUGUAAGGAGAAUGCUAUAUAAACCAAAUUGGUGGAAGGAUUAUUUUAAUCCAGAACAAGUUCAUUUGCAAUCAUCAAUAUUACCAGUGAGAGAUUCAACAAUAUUUUGGGAUAUUCCUGCAUCAAAUCAAAUUGACGAAGAUGUUGAAAAUAAUAACAUGAAAAGUAUUCAACAAAAGAAAAACAUUAUUGAAAUAGAAAAUAAUUUAAAAAAUAUAAAAUUAAAAGAAAAUACACCGCCAAAACAAUUGAUCAAAGUUAAAAUGUUUGAUAUGGCAGCGAAAGAAAAGACAGAAAUUAUUAAUAUACCAAAGAAAAAUGAAAAUAAUAAUUCAGAAUGUAUAUUUCAAGAAAACAAAUCAAAACCAUUAAGUCCAAUAUAUUCUGCAACAGAUAAUCGAUUAAGACAUAGAAAUAGUCUUAAAAAAGAAAAGUCUCCACCACCACAACCACUUGAACGAAAUUCAACAUGGCAAAGAAUUUUAGGAUUAGAAAAUGUUCCAUUCACUUCUGCUGAAGGGAAAAUAAUCAAAGAUCUAGUUUUGGAAAGAUUUGAAGCUAAUAAAUUAAAUAAAGAAAAUGAAGCAUCCUCGAAGAAUUUACAAGAAAUCAUUAACAGAUUUAAUAACAACAAUAAUUCAAUAACCAGACGUUCAUUAAAUCCACCAAAAGAAUUUCAAAAAGAAUCUUUACAACGAAAUAUAACUUCAUCAGACGAAGAAAAUUAUAGUCCCUCGAAACUAUCAUGUAAAAUUCAAAAAAUGACAAAAGAUAUCAAUGCAAAUUUUGAUCCAAUAUCUUUUAAAAAAAUGGAAGAUAUAAAUUUACAAACGACUCCGUUAUUAUAUCCAAAAUUAUCACCUGCAAAGUCAUUCUAUCAUGGUUCUGAUUCUGAAAAAAAUCUAUCAAGUUUAGAUUCAAAUUUAUCAUCGUCAGAACCGUCAGUGGAAACUGAUUUUAGCGGAGGCAGUUCUUUUCGAAAUGAUCCAAGUUUUGAUGCAGAUAAAUUUUUAGGAGAUGCAUUAGGCGAUGAGUUCUAUUCCAGUGUUAGCACAACAGGAAAUGGUGUUCAAAAACAGAUUCCGCUACUUUCGUCAAACAAUCAAAAUAAUGGUGGUGUGGAAUGUGCAUCGUUAUCAUACAAUGAAAUCCAGAGUGUUUGUACAGCUGAAGCAUCAGAUUUGUUAUCACAUCGUGAUAUUCCAUCAACAAUAAAUAUGAAGUAUUCAAUAAAAACGAAUACAUCGUUAGAAAGCUCACAUGACGGUAGUAAUGGCAGUAACGGUAGUAACAACAGUAGUAACAGAUUGAAUAGCAAUGAUAAGAAAAUCAUGUAUUUAAUGCAACAAGCUGCUGAACAACAUUACCAUAUGCAACAAGCAUCAAAAGCAUUAUCAAUUUGUCGUAUUACUAAAGAAUUUACAUUUAGUGAAGAACGUUUAGAAGCUGAACGUUUAUUACUUUUAGCAGUGUUAAAAAAUCGUGCAAUUUUAGAAGAAAUUAAUCGUAUGGAUCAUGAAGGUACAUACAAUGAAAAUUAUCAACAAGGAAAUCUAACUAUAUCAAAUAUACGAGUACCAAUAACAAGAUCAAACAGUGAUUCAAUACAUAAAAAAUUUUGUAAUUUUUCACAAUGGUAUUUAUGCAUUGGAAUUUAUGGAUCACAAUUACAUUGUUCCAAAAUUAAAACAUCUAAUGCUGAAAAUGAGUUACACUUUGACGAACCUAUGUCAUUUGUUAAUUUACCACCGGAUUUUGUUCUGGAUUUAUAUAUUUAUUAUUUGGAACAACCCAAGAAUAUACGAAAUUUUAGUCAUACAUCUAAAUAUCAUUUGGACACGGCUUACAAAUGUCCAACACCCAGAAAAUUAUUUAAAAAACAUGUUUAUAAUAAAAACUCAACAGUUAGUCGUACUUCAUUGAAUGAUUACAUACGAACUCCCUCAUUUAAGUUGGCUGGUCAUAUUAAACUUGAUAUGAAUAAUUUGAAUAGUAAUUGUCAUCGGGAUUUAAAGUCAGUACAUCGUUAUUUGCAUGGAACAAUUUAUAUGGAGAUUGCAACAAAUCUACAAAUAUUUGUCAAAUGUUCUGGAUUUUUAACAUUUGGCUCAGAGGCAGGUGGUUAUCCUAGUUGGAAUCGACAUUGGUGUUCAUUGGAUGGUCAUUACUUAAAGUUUUGGAAUUAUCCAUCGGAUGCAGACGUUAAGGAUCCGAUUGGAGUUAUUGAUCUGAAAAAAUGUAUAACACCAUGGAUUGAAAUUGCAAGUGAACAAAUUUGUUCAAAACCACGAACACUAUUAAUUGAAACUGCACGGCCAAAGGGACCCGAAGAUAAAAACUCAUUAAUUAUGGAAUGUAUUGACAAUCAAACUAUUAUACGAUAUUUGUUAUCAUGUGAUACAGACAGUGAUCUUAAAAAAUGGUCAAAACAAUUAAAUUUGGUUGUGACAUUUUUAAAAAUUUGGAAUUUAUUAGAUCACAGUUAG